GCCGGCUUCUCCUCUUUCGCCUCUUUCUCCCACCUGCUUCCUCUCGCAUCCCAUCCCCGAGCACUUGCCAGCAGAGCUAUUCUACUUCUUCUUCCUCUUCUCUGUCUUCAGUCUAUCUGUUCUCGAUCCUUUGAUUGCACCCUUCAGCAAUGAGAGAAAUUAUCCACUUAUCCGCCGGUCAAUGUGGAAACCAGAUUGGUGCCGCUUUCUGGCAAACUAUCUGCGGUGAGCACGGUAUCGAUGGUUCCGGAGCCUACCACGGCACCAGCGACCUUCAGCUUGAGCGCAUGAACGUUUACUUCAACGAGGCCACCGGUGGAAAGUACGUCCCUCGUGCUGUCCUUGUCGAUCUCGAGCCUGGUACCAUGGAUGCCGUCCGCAGUGGUCCCUUUGGCAACCUCUUCAGACCCGACAACUUCAUCUUCGGACAGUCCGGUGCCGGUAACAACUGGGCCAAGGGUCACUACACCGAAGGUGCCGAGCUGGUCGAUUCAGUUCUCGACGUCGUUCGGCGAGAGGCUGAGGGCUGCGACUGCCUUCAGGGAUUCCAGAUCACCCACUCUCUGGGUGGUGGUACCGGUGCCGGUAUGGGAACCCUCUUGAUCUCCAAGAUCAGAGAAGAGUUCCCUGACCGCAUGAUGGCCACUUUCUCCGUCGUUCCCUCCCCCAAGGUUUCCGACACUAUUGUUGAGCCUUACAAUGCUACUCUCUCUGUUCACCAGCUUGUCGAGAACUCGGACGAGACUUUCUGCAUUGACAACGAGGCUUUGUACGAUAUCUGCUCGCGUACUCUCAAGCUCACUGAGCCUUCGUACGGUGAUCUUAACCAUCUCGUUUCUGCUGUCAUGUCUGGAAUCACCACCUCUCUCCGAUUCCCUGGAGAGCUGAACAGCGACCUCCGAAAGCUCGCUGUCAACAUGGUUCCUUUCCCUCGACUUCACUUCUUCAUGGUUGGAUUCGCGCCUUUGACUUCGGUUGGCUCGUACUCUUUCCGCUCGCUCACUGUUCCUGAGCUCACUCAGCAGAUGUUUGACUCGAAGAACAUGAUGGCUGGUGCUGAUCCCCGCCACGGACGAUACCUUACCGUUGGUGCUUUCUUCCGUGGAAAGGUCUCGAUCAAGGAGGUUGAGGACAACAUGAGAAACGUCCAGAACAACAACUCGGCCUACUUCGUUGAGUGGAUCCCCAACAACGUUCAAACCGCUCUUUGCGCCAUUCCUCCCAAGGGUCUCAAGAUGUCUGCUACCUUCGUCGGAAACUCGACUUCGAUCCAGGAGCUGUUCAAGCGUAUUGGUGACCAGUUCGCUGCUAUGUUCCGCAGAAAGGCUUUCAUUCACUGGUAUACUGGUGAGGGUAUGGACGAGAUGGAGUUCACUGAGGCUGAGUCGAACAUGAACGACUUGGUUAGCGAGUACCAGCAGUACCAGGAGGCCACUGCCUCCGAUGAGGAGAUCGAGUACGACGACGAGCUGCCUUUGGAGGAGGAGCAGUAAGCUAUGGUUACUUCUUAUGUAUUGAUAAUUGUGCGUUGUUUGAUUCUAGUUGUGUUUUGAUUUUAUCUAUUACCCCCCAGGAAAGUCUACAAAGUAGCUGGAGUAGAUUAUCCUUUGUUUAGCGAUAUCUUUUGUUUUUAUAUUGUCACAGUCUAUUAUGUAUCCGAAAUAACUUGUUAUUCUUGUCUGUGGCCUUUUAAUCUUUUUUCUUUCUUACCAGUUCAGUUCUAUAAAUAUAUAUGAUCUAACAUA